AUGGCCACAGAGACGCAGACAGUGACCGACACCGAGGUCAAGCGGACCUUCGCCACUCAAUUCGAGACCAAAGAUCUUGUCACAUUUGACUCAGACAAGCACUACGGAGACUGGCGCGACGAGUUUCACAAGAACGGCUGUGUAGUUAUCAAGAAUGUCAUCAGCCCAGAACGAGCACAGUACUAUUGCGAUAAGCAGAUUGAGUGGUUGAAGAAGUUUGAUCUUGGUUUUGACGACAAGGACCCUUCGACAUGGACUGCUGAUCAUCUCCCUGUGAGCUUCAAGGGAGGUAUGUACUCUGCAUACGGCGCGUCCCACGAGAAGAUGGCAUGGGAAGCCCGCAUGGAACCCAAGAUUAUCGAAGUCUUUGAGAAGCUCUGGGAAACCAACGAGCUCAUCACUUCAUUCGACGGCAUGAACAUCUCUAUGCCGAACCGCAAAGACAUUACCUGGAGCCCUUGGCCACAUUGCGAUCAGAAUCCCGAGAGGAAAGGAAUGCAAGCCGUUCAGGGCCUCCUCAACUUUGCCCCCAACGGUCCUAAAGACGGUGGGCUCAUGCUCAUGAGGGGCUCCGCCAAGCUUUUUGACGAGUUCUUCGCGCACAAGCGCGAGUCCGCCGACCACGAAGACGCCCCGCCCCCGGAGAUCAAGUUCAUGGAUCUCUUCCUCUUCAGCGAGAAAGACGUCAAGUGGUUCGAGAGCAAGGGCUGCGAGCUGUUCAAGGUCAACAUGGAACCCGGCGACUUCGUCCUCUGGGACUCGCGCACGAUGCACUACGCCCGCUUCCCGGAGGGCGACCAGAUCAGACACGUGCAGUACAUCUGCAUGACCCCGCGCAAGUUCGCGACGGACGAGGCCCUUGAGGCGAAGAAGUUUUGUUUCGAGAACUGGUAUGGGACCACGCAUUGGCCUCAUUGGGGCGUGGCCAACUCUUUCGGCGUCUUCCAACCAUACUUCACAACUCUGUUCGAUCGUUCGCCAUCUGACGUAUCAUGGAUUGGUUCCUUCGAGGUUUUCCUGCUGUUCUUUGUCGGCACCUUCACCGGUCGCUGGACUGACAUGAGUUUCUUCCGGCCCCUGUUCAUCGUCGGAUUCUUUCUGGUUGUGCUCGGUAUGGUUGCCGCCUCGUUCUGCACCACAUACUGGCAGUUCUUUCUCGCGCAGGGAAUCUGUCUCGGUCUCGGUAACGGAUGUCUCUUCUGCCCAACCAUGGCGGUCACGUCGACGUAUUUCGCCAAGCGCCGCUCACUUGCAUUCGGUAUCACCGCCGCAGGGGCAACGGUAGGCGGCCUGGCAUUCCCGAGCAUGGUCAGGCAGCUCUUGCCCCAGAUUGGACUUGGGUGGACAAUGCGAACAAUAGCCUUGAUCCAGCUGGUCACUCUGGCCAUCGCCGGGCUUCUCAUCAAGACCAGGAUACCUCCUCGUCAGGCCGCACCUCUGGUCGAGUGGGCCGCCUUCAAAGAGUCCGAGUACAGCUUCUACGCUGUCGGAGCUUUCAUGUGCUUCUGGGGAAUCUACUUUGCCUUCCACUACCUCGCAGCCUUCUCCCGCGACAUCAUGGGCCUCUCAUUCACCGACUCGCUGGACCUGCUACUAGUUCUCAACGGCGUCGGCGCCUUUGGCAGAAUCAUACCGAGCCAGAUCGGCGACAUGAUUGGCACAAUCAACAUAUUCGCCCCGAUGGCCUUCAUGACUGGAACUAUCAUGUACUGCUGGAUGGGCGUUGCUAGCCUCACAGGGUUGUACGUGUGGGCAGUGUUUUACGGCUUCGCAGUCGGCGGCGUGCAGGCGCUAUUCCCGGCGGUGCUGAGCAGCUUGACCGCGGAUCCUCAAAAGCAAGGCACGCGGAUGGGCAUGGUCUUCACCAUCGUUAGUUUCGCAAGCUUGACAGGAUCCCCAAUCGCCGGUGCGAUCAUCGACGCGCAAGGGGGGAAGUACCCUGGCGCCCAAGGGUUUGCGGGAACAUGUCUCCUUCUCGGCAUGACGUGCGUCCUCGCGGCUAGGGUAUGCAAGACGAGGAAGAUGGGCGUGGGCGCAAUUGCAUGGGUGAAGGUAUGA